AUGACGCUUCAAUUGGCUAACAGGUCGGUUAAGAUCCCUAGGGUAAUCAUAGAGGAUGUAUUGAUCAAGGUGGAUAAAUUCUAUUUCCCUGUAGAUUUCAUUAUGCUGGAUACCGAGCCGGUUCAGAAUGUUGGGAUUCAAAUACCGCGGUGCAUGAUCAAUAUAUUCUUUGAUAUGGUAGAACGUUUCCUGGAGAUUUUCAUGGAUGACUUCUCCGUCUUCGGUUCAUCUUUUGAGGAGUGUCUGCACCGCCUCACUUUGGUUUUAGUGCGGUGCAAGAAGAACCUAGUGCUAAAUUUGGAGAAAUGCCAUUUUAUGGUAAAGCAACACGUCGUCUCUCAUCGUGGGAUUGAGGUUGACAAAGCGAAGGAUUUCAGCAAGAUCACCAAGCCUUUGUGCAAGUUGUUGGUGAAAGAGACCCCAUUUGUGUUUGAUGAGGACUACAAGAAAGCGUUUGGGGAUCUAAAUAGAAUUUUGACGUCCACACCCAUUAUUCAGCCACCCAACUGGGGUGUGCCAUUUAAGAUCAUGUGUGACGCUUCAGAUUAUGCUGUUGGAGCUAUUUUGGGGAAACAUGUUGAUAAACUCCCCCAUGUCAUCUACUAUGCAAGCAGGACAUUAAAUGAUGCACAACUCAACUACUCUACUAUAGAGAAGGAGUUGCUGGAGUUUGACAUAGAGAUUCGGGAUAAGAAGGCUUCCGAAAAUGUGGUGGUGGAUCAAUUGUCUAGGUUGACUAUGGAUUUCACUGAGGAUGCCAUCCCCAUUUCUGAGACCUUUCCGAAUGAGCCAUUGAUGCACAUUACUCACAAUCUUGCACCAUGGUUUGCUGAUAUAGUAAACUAUCUUGCCACUGGCCAAAUGCCUUUGCAUUGGGGGCAACAAAGUUGCCACCCCAUAUCACCCAUAAACGAGUGGACAAAUGGAGAUUUCAAAUCAAGAGAUCAAAAGAAUUUUGGAAAAGACUGUGAAUCCUACAAAAACGAUUGGUCUCUGCGGUUGAAUGAUGCACUGUGGGCUUACCGUAUAGCAUUCAAGACCCCGAUUGGCAUGUCUCCAUAUUGUCUUGUGUACGGCAAAGCAUGUCACCUUCUGGUGGAGUUGGAGCAUAGAGCACAGUGGGCCAUCAAGCAACUGAGCUUCAAUCUUACGAAGGUUGGCUCACAAAGGAAGCUCCAACUCAAUGAAUUAGAGGAGCUGAGGAAUGAUGCAUAUGAUUGUGCAAGGUUGUACCAGGCACAGAUGAAGAAGGCUCAUGCCCAUAGCAUUUUGAGACGAUCUUUUCAGCCUAGUCAAAAAGUCCUCCUUUACAAUUCACGGUUGCAUCUCUUCCUAGGCAAGUUGAAAUCUCGAUGUAUAGGCCCAUUCAUUAUUCGAUCAGUUUUUACUCAUGGGGCCAUUGAGACUAAGGAUCCAAAGAAUGGUAACACUUUCAAGGUAAAUGGACAAAGGCUGAAACCAUUCUUGGAAUUGAAGAGUCCGAAAAUUGAGACAACACUAUUGGAGGAUCCUAGUUAUCUGGAGUGA